AUGUCGAUUCUCAAAAGCUACCUCGGAUUGGGAGGCACAGAGACCUCCCCCGCUGUCGACAACAGUUAUCCAGCUCGCGCUCUCCCCGCCUCGUGGUAUUCCUCAACAGAGAUGUACGAGCUCGAGCGGCGUGCGAUUUUCAGUCGGAAAUGGCUUCUUACUACGCACCGGUCGCGUUUUCCUAAUACCGGCGACUGGCUUAAAUACAACAUUGCUGGGUAUGCCUUUAUUCUAGUGAAAGAUCGCGAAGGAAAUGUCAAUGCUUUCCACAACAUUUGCAGACACCGAGCAUUCCCCGUGGUUACUGAAGAGGGAGGCACUUCUCGUAUCUUUUCUUGCCAAUAUCACGGAUGGUCAUACGGCCUUAAUGGCAAGCUUGCAAAGGCUCCGGGAUACCAAGAGCUGGAGGGCUUCGACAAGAGCAAGAAUGGCCUCCUGCCAAUCCAUGUUCACGUCGAUAAGAACGGUUUUAUUUGGCUCAAUUUGGAUGCAGACGACAAGCCCGAAAUCUCAUGGGAUGACGACUUUGAAGGAAUUGAUAUGCAGCCCCGUUUCGAGGGAUUCGAUUCUGAAGAUUAUGAUUUUGAUCACGCCUGGGAGUCUACUGGGGACUAUAACUGGAAGGUUCUGGCAGACAACUAUAACGAAAACCACCAGCAUCACCCGAUCCCCUUCCAUGUCGAUGCCAAAACUUCUACAACUGAAGCCAUUGCCAAACGUCUCCGGGAUGCUAGCAGCUACUAUUUCCCGAACGCUUCUAUGAUUGUCUCGCCCCAUGCUUUCUUCAUGCAAAGAUUCGUGCCUACCGGGCCUACCACAUGCUCGAUGCGUUAUGAAGUCUUCCGUCACAAGAGCUCUAGUGACGAAGAAUUUGAAAUAAUUAAUCAAUCCUACAAAACAAUUGUAUCUGAAGACGAGGGUCUCUAUAAUGAGACACAGCAAAAUAUCAGCACUCGGGUCUCUGCCGAAGGAGAGCUGCAGCCGCGAUUGGAAAUCGUACCUCUCUCCUUCCAAGGCAGCAUUCGCGGCCUGAUUGAUCAACACCAAAGACGCGAAGAAGAGUCACAUGAGGAGUUCUGGCCUGCCCGACAAAGACUUCCCAAAGAUGCAGCAGUCAGCAAAGAUGACAUGGACUUCUGCUCUAAGCUAACUCCCGAGGGAGGUGGUUGUUGCGGAGGAGGGGCAUGUGGCGCUGGACCUGCGCCUGGACCAGCUACCGCUCCUGAAAUAAUGGUCUCCUGA